UUCGUGACUGUUACUUCAGACAUAAACAAACUAACGUCACAACAAUAAAACGGCAUGUUUUUAGUUUGAUAAGGCACUAAGAAUGUUAUUUACACUAAUGUCACCUUAUAGCUUUUAAAUAACUUUAAGAAAACACGAACUCUUUCUCUUAGAUUCUUCUACAAAUUUCUUAGCAGAAAAGAAUUUUUUUCUUGAGCCAAAAUGUCUAGUGGUGCUAUACAAAGGUGUCAAUAUUUGUAUUUUGCUUUCAAAACCUUUCAACCAAUGAACCUGUCAAAAAAUUUCCUCCAUACAUCAGGAAGGCCAGUUUUACUGGCUCAACCUACCUGCAUGACUCAUAACCAUUUGCUGAAGCUGGGAGAAAUUACACCAGGUCUCACUUCCAGUGUAUAUCAUGAACGUAGGAUGAAACUUGUAGAAAAAAUUGUCAAAAAUUCUCCAUCUGAUACUGAAAGAGCUCACCUUAUUGUGAUCCCUUCUUCAUCAGUCCUUUAUAUGACAGAAAAAAUCCCCUACCGCUUUAGACAAAACUCAGACUUCCUCUAUUUAUCUGGUUUUAAAGAACCAGACAGUAUUUUAGUAAUAGAUACCACAACUAAGAAGUUUCCAGACUUCAACACAACCAUGUUUAUUCCGAAACAAACUUCUUAUUCUGAGCAAUGGGAAGGAUGCAAGAUGAACUUGAAAACGGCCGUAGAGUUCCUUAAAAUUGACAGAGCUUUAUACAUGUUUGAGUUUGAAAACUACUUACAAUCGUUUCUGAAGUCGGAUAAAAAAUUCAGUGUUUGGUAUGACUAUCUUAAUGUGUCUCCGUUUCAAGUUCAUCAAACAAUGAGAGAUUUCAUGGCUGUUCAUACGGGGAAUGUGUCUAUGGAGUCCCCCCGGUCUUUACUUCAUCGGCUUCGACUCAUUAAAUGUGAUGCUGAAAUAGAGUUGAUGAGGAAGACUUGUCGGAUUGCUGCUGAAUCUAUGAAAGAAGUUAUGCGAUUUUCUCAUGUAAACCGUCAAGAGUCUCAUUUGGAUGCUAAGAUGGAGUAUGAGUGUCGUUUAAGGGGUGCUGACUUUCCAUCGUUUCCGCCUGUUGUUGCUGGAGGCGAUAGAGCAAACACUAUUCAUUACAUUGACAAUAACCAGAUAAUAAGUGAAAAUCACCUAGUCUUAAUGGAUGCUGGUUGUGAAUGCCAUGGUUAUAGUAGUGACUUAACGCGUACAUGGCCAGUCAGUGGAAAGUUCUCAGGACCACAAAAAGAACUAUAUGAAAUGUUACUAUCUGUUCAAGAACAACUAAUCACUUUAUGUAAAUCAAAGUUAUCACUUGAUCAUCUUUUUAAAAUUAUGUGUAAAAAACUAGGAAAAGGUCUCGGAGAAUUACGCAUCAUUCCAGAAAAUUUUACUGAAGUUGAAGCUAGUGAGGCUGCUUUUGCUUUCUGUCCUCAUCAUGUUAGUCAUUAUUUAGGUAUGGAUGUGCAUGAUACAUCCACUAUUUCUCGUGGCAUAACUCUUCAACCGGGAAUGGUAAUUACUAUUGAACCAGGAGUAUAUAUAUCAAGAAAUAAUAUGACUGUACCUGAUGAAUAUCGAGGCCUCUGCAUUAGAAUUGAGGAUGAUAUUCUAAUAACUGAGGAUGGUUGUGAAGUGCUAACCAGAGACUGUCCAAAAAGUGUUGAAGAGAUAGAAGAAUUGUUCAAAGAUCAAACUAUUGUACAGCUAUAAAGUUCAUACAGUUUUUAUUUCAUAUUAUUAAUUAUUGUUCUUUGUAUAGUUUAAAUUAGUUUUAUAUUUAUUAAAGUUGGUUUUACAGAUUUU